AUGGAUAAGAAAGAGGCUAAAGUAAAACUUAUAUAUAGGAAAUUUUGAGUAUCAUAGAUUGGAUAAACUCACAAGAUAUCCCUGGUUGUGCAUUGGUGGAUACUUUAUAUACAUUUUAUAAUGAAUACAAAAUGUGUACCACAGUAGAUAGCAGGAAAUGUUUCUAUUUAAUAUGAAUGGCUAUAGAUGAUUUAAAAUCAGGAAUUAUUGUUGGAGAUAUUGUGGCUGCUAUGACAGGUAGAAACCAUCUAAAAGAUGUACAAAGAAGAGUGAGCUCGAAAAAUGAUGCUUUAAACAAUUGAAGUAUUAUCAUUAAAGAGCUUACUCUCUCUAUUGGUUAGCGAGUAAAACUAACAGAAAAUAAAAACAUUCUGAAUAUGAUAUUCUUCAAAUAUUACUAAUUAGGAAUUUUUAAAUUAAAAACAAAUGUUUUAUAUUUUUUAAUAUAUAAAAAUUUAAAAAAACAAAUUAACUACCUUUGUUUAAGUGCAAAAAAAUAUUGUUCACUAAUCAAGAUAAUAGUUAGCACAAUAUCUUCAAGAGUAGGGAAUUUAAAUGCAGAAGAUAUUUUCGAUGUAAAUUUUAUUUAGAACCCAGAAUCCCUGAAGCAUAUCAUGAAAAUUAUUAUAAACACAAAUUGGCAGGUGCAUGCAAAAGCUAUUCUAAAAUCAGAAUCAGAAUCACAGCAGGAAAAGAUUCUCAAUAAACAAGAAGCAGUUGCCACACAGAAUCAUACUGAAACUCAUGAGCUAACUGAAAGCUCGCUGCCAUCCAAAGCUUCAUUCAUAAAACAAGUGCAAAAAGAAGCAGAACAAAACGAUGGCACAGCUGAGACUUUUGUCCAAGAAAUUUCCUCUGCUGAUAUAUUCAAAUCCUUUCAAAAGCACAGUUUGAAUGAGACUUCAAAUUUGACUGAGUCUCAAAAGUCUUCUAUUAUCCCAAAAAAUAAGCUAAUACAGCUUUCAGAUAUCCAGAAAGCAAAUAUUAUCAGCUGAAUUGAAGAAUUAAGGAUUGUGAAAAAAGGAUUCCUUGACAUUAGCAUUUUACCAGAGAUAUGUAGGACUGGAGUAAUAUUAUGUGAUAUAAUAAACAGAAAUGAAGGGAAGCAAGAAGCGAUAAAAGGAAUUGAGAGGCAUCCAAGAAAUAAAGCACAAGUUACAUCAAAUAUAUCGAAGGUGCUUGAAUACUUAAGAAGCUUUCCAAGAAUGAGUGCAAAGUUUUUAUGGUCGAAUGAAAGCAUCAUCAAUGGAGAUGAAAUUGCGACUUGGGGAAUUUUAGAAGAUAUUAAAAACUUUUAUUGUGCUUCAAGAAAAACCAGCAGAAGCUCCUCUAGGACUUUUUCAAAACUACUGGAGCCACCAAAACAAGAAGAAACCACCAGCUGCAGCGUAUACAACCUUAUCCCAGAGCUAAAAGUCGAGUCUAUUAUGCAAACUUCAAAUAUGAAAAGUUUUCACAAAUCAAGAUCAUACGCUGCUUCAGCAAGAUCUAAAUCUACCUCCCCUGAAAUAGUUUCUAGUCGGUUGUCUUACUCAUUCAAGAAUCCUAAUAUCAUACAAAUGACCAGGAAAAGUUUUGCUUACUCCCCCCCCCCCUCCGUGAGCGAACAAAACCAUUAGAAAAAUCGCCAUUUUUUGACCAAAAACCCUCCGUGAGUGAACAAAAAUUUUUUUAAUAGAAAAAAUUUUAAUGGAAAAAAAAUUUUGAUAUAUAAGUGAUAAUUAGUAUAAUGAAAUCUAGAGCUAAUUCUGUUUAAUUUUAAACAAAUUGCGUUUUUAAAACAUAAAUUUUGCAAAUUAAAUUAAUAUUUGCUUCCCAAUUUUUGCAAAUUAGGAUUUUUUUAAAUUUCGAAAAAAAUAUUUUUUAUAAAAUUUAUAUAUAAAUUGUUUUUAAAAAAAAAAAAUUAACCCCCUCCGUGAGCGAACAAAAUUUUUUUUGUUCGCUCACGGAGGGGGGGGGGGGGGAGUUAUAAUAAAAACUUUCAAGUCUCUGAAGAGGUUAUAUCAAAGGUAAAAGAGUGACUUAUGGCACUAAAUCUCGAUUUUGAAGAAAGUGAUAAUAUUUAUAUUGAUACUAUCAGAAAUGGUGUAACAUUUUGCCAGCUGCUAUAUGUUGUAGAAGGAGUUAAAAUUAUAAUAAAACAGAGCCCAAGCAAUACUAGGAUGGUAAUUGAAAAUUUUUACAAUGUGCUGAAUGUUUUUAUCAGCAAAGGAAAAGAAAUUCCAAAAGCAAUUAGAGAAAAUCCUCAGAUUUUAGCAUAUGAUCCAAAUGCUGUAUGAACAUUAUUUGCUGCUGUCAUGUCAUGCUAUCCUACUGCGCGACCACUUGAAUAUCAAAAUAGUCCAUUACAAUAUGGCGCUAUUGCCAUCAAAAAACUUGAAGCAUCUAUUUUAGAAUGAUUAAGAGAGCUAAAAGUCCUCCCUUACCCAUCAUGCUCAAUAAGGGACGUCAUGCAACUACUGAAAAAAGGUAAAAUUUUCUGUGAAAUCGCAUCUUUAAUGACCUCAAAACAAUUAUCAAAUGUUAUCGCCAAUCCAAAAACAAGUCAAUCGUCACUAAAUCCCCAUCCUUAAUCGAAUUAUUCCAUUGAAAAUUUCCUAAAAUUUGAGAAAAACUAAUUGAUCAAGGAUACGGGCCAAGCAUAAAGCCGCUCCCUACCCAGCCUCAAAACUAAUUACCUAUCUUAGAUAAUAAUGAAUUUUAGAUAUUACAAAAUAUUUUAAAUGUAAAAUUUAAAGCUAACAUUUUAAAAUAAUUUUGUUUCCAAAAAUAUAUUAACUCCUAAUCUUGAUCGAAACGAUGGCAAUCAGUUUGGUCAAGGAUUAUGGGGAUAAGCAAUAUCCGAAAGGCAUUAGAUGUCUUUAGGAGGCUUCCUAACAUGUCGCAAAGAUAUACAUGAAACGAAAAAGAAAUCGCAAGCGGCAAUCAAGGAAUCAUUUUAGGCUUGCUUGAAGAUAUUCAUAUGUGCUAUGAUGGACAGUCAGCCAGAAAGAAAAGCCAGUCCAGCUCAGUGCCCUACAUUGGCAAAUCAUCAGAGACUCGCCCUUUGAGUAAUAAAAAAAUUUCAUUCCUUCUCAGAAUUCCUAAAACUCAGGAAACUACUCCAUUAGAUUCGCCAAGGCGUGGAUUCCAAACAAAUAGGAUGGACCUGAGCUCAAGCAGAAGAGGAAUCUUAACUAAAAGCUAUACAGAGCGAGGGACUGAUGAAAACAGUAAUAAUCUAUUUAAAUCUAAGUUAAAUUAA